CUUUCCCCAUGUCUGAUACCGAAAUCUCUUUCACACACACACACACUCUCUCUCUCUCCACCGUCCACUUCCUUCAGCAAUCUUGUACUCUCUCCAUCUCUCUAUAAAAGCAAAGGCAACUAGCCAUAAACUGUUCCCACACAACCUUACCUUUUUCACCCAUGGCUGACCCCUACUCCAAUUUCUUCUCUUCCUCUCCCUUCUUCCGUUUCAACCACCACCAUUUCCCAUCUUCAACUAGCCCUUCUCCCCAACACCACAACUUCAUCAAAACCAACGACACCGCAACCUUUUUCCACUACCACCACGCCGCAACAACUUUUUCUUCUCUGCCACCUUCUUCCCCUCCUCUCAGAGAAGAACUACCCCUCCUGCGGCUGAGCCCGCCGAAGCAAGAGGAGGAGGAGGACGACCCCUCUUGCACCGGAGCCAUGGAAGUGGAGGAGGGGAUCCACAAUAUCCACCCCAAGGAGGAGGAAGAAGAUGAUGAAGAUGGUACUGUCACUGUUGCACUCCACAUAGGCUUGCCAAGCCCUAGUGCUGCUGAGAUGGCUUCUGUCCUCUCUUCUUCCUCCGAAAUCACUGACAAAGAACAUGGUGAUGGUGCUCAUGCUCAGGAUUCUUCUGCACCCUUCAGACUCAACAAGGGCCAGUACUGGAUCCCUACCCCUUCUCAGAUUCUCAUUGGUCCUACUCAGUUCUCUUGCCCUGUUUGUUGCAAAACUUUCAACAGAUACAACAACAUGCAGAUGCAUAUGUGGGGGCAUGGAUCACAGUACAGAAAAGGACCUGAGUCUCUGAGGGGUACCCAACCAACGGGCAUGCUGAGGCUUCCUUGCUAUUGUUGUGCCCCAGGGUGCAGAAACAACAUUGACCACCCAAGAGCAAAGCCUCUCAAAGACUUUAGAACACUUCAAACGCAUUACAAGAGGAAGCAUGGGAUCAAGCCCUUCAUGUGCAGGAAAUGUGGCAAGGCUUUUGCUGUGAGAGGAGAUUGGAGAACUCAUGAGAAGAACUGUGGCAAGCUUUGGUACUGCAUCUGCGGCUCCGAUUUCAAGCACAAGAGGUCUCUUAAAGACCACAUUAAAGCUUUUGGAAGUGGCCAUGCAGCUUAUGGGAUCGAUGGAUUCGAAGAGGAAGAUGAGCCAGCAUCUGAAGUAGAGCAAGAUAAUGAUUCCACCCAGUAACUAAUGAAUGAGACUGCAUGGGUUUAUAUAUGUGAAUUAUCCUAGUUAUUUUGUGAAAUGAUUGGGGAUGAAUAUAUAUAAAGCCUUGGCUUCCUAUUUCAGAACUAUAUAUAAGCACCAAGUUUAAAUGGAAAGACAGUUUUCUCUCUUUUUUUUUUUUUUUCUUCUAUUGCAAUGUUAGCUAGGAGAGACUAAUGGAUACAAAACACAGCUGCAAGCUAGAGAUUUAUAUAUAUGUCCAACUUCUUUAAAUUUGUUAGCGUGUAUAAGAUAUCUUUCCCUUCUCUUGUUAAGAUGCUUAAGACAUUAAUUGAAGAUGAAUUAAUUAGUAUUAUUCUGAA